CGAAUGAAAGACGCUCUCUUUGCUCAGAGAGAGAGAGAGAGAGAGUAGAUAUUUGGAAAAUUGUCAAAUCUCUCAAGAAUUUCCUCUUACCGUUACACUGAAUACAUAAAAUAAAUUCAGUGUUUGAUCCUAACAGUGUAUCAAUACCAUAAGCACUUUGACAUAUUGUGUUACGUGUGUCGUGUAUGAAAAUUGAGCCCUAUCAAUGGUAUUAUGUACUACGUGAACUUUUGACAUUGUAAAAAAGAAAGGGAGAAGGAAGGAAGAGUAUUAAAAAAAAAAAAAGAAAAAAAACACAGUACCACUUCGAAAAGUGCCGGCGAGCAUCGCGGCCGAGUAAACUCUUCUCAACGUUGGAGUUUAAAGAGAGCGCAGCCUGGAGUUCGUGAAGCCAGGCAAAUGUCCAAAAUGUUGAGGCUCGAGCUGGUGGGUCUCGUGUUGCUGGCAUGUACCCAGAUACUCACGGAGCAUCGGGAUUUUUAUGGAUCCUACAAUCAGUACGAUCAUCAGAGACAUCAGCAAUGGCAGGAGGAAAAAGUGACACGGGAGGUGCACGUGGAGCAGGGAAGAUUACGAGGAAUUGUCGUGCGACCAAGGACGAGUCAGGAAUUGCCAUUGAUCGACGUAUUUUUGGGUGUUCCGUACGCGGAACCUCCUGUGGGAUCUUUUCGAUUCUCACCGCCAAGAUCGCCGCAACCUUGGACAGGAUUGCGGCAAUGCCAACAUUUUGCACCGGUUUGUCCGCAAGUGCUUCCUGAUCUUCGGGCUGAAGUCAAACCCGGACGGUACGAGUACUUGGAGAGACUUUUGCCUUAUCUACGUAAUCAAAGUGAAGAUUGUCUUUAUCUUAACAUAUACGCACCUCAUCAGCGUGAGGGUCAACGGAACUUGCGCAGGUAUCCAGUUAUGGUGUUUAUACACGGAGAGAGUUUUGAGUGGAAUAGUGGAAAUCCGUAUGACGGCAGCGUUUUGACAGCAUAUGGGAACGUGCUGUUUGUCACCAUAAACUUUCGCCUGGGGAUUCUAGGUUUUCUGAGACCCGGAAUAAGGGAUGACGCUGCCAGUAAUUUUGGCCUUCUGGAUCAAAUAGCUGCGCUGGUGUGGUUACAAGAAAAUAUUGCCGAAUUCGGUGGUGACCCUAACAGCAUAACUUUAGUAGGUCAUGGAACUGGGGCCAUUUUCGCUAAUUUGUUACUCAUAAGCCCUGUUGCCAAUAACGAAGGUCUUUUCAAUCGAGCCAUUUUAAUGUCAGGCUCCGCGCUGAGCGCGGAUGCCAUUGGAAAGGCGCCUUUGCAAAUAACGAAACAGGUAGCAUACGCUCUGAACUGUCCUACCGUUACGGACAGUGAACUCGUGAAGUGCUUAAGAAAUCGUGAUCUCGAGUCACUAUUAAAUGUGAAAAUUCAUAAGCCUAAGUAUGUCCCAGCGUACGCGCCACUUAUUGACAGUGCUGUUAUACCGGGUAAACCGUUGGAUUUAAUGGAGAAUACUCAACUGUUCGGCAGAUUCGAUUUGAUGUACGGUGUUACGGAGUCGGAAAAGUUUCACAAUUUGCCACCGGUUGCUGUGGUCCAUGGGAUGCUGAAUGAACAGCGCGAUGAGAUUCUACGAGAUCACGCUAAGGCUACCCAUGAACUCGAACCGGAAUUAGUACUGUCGAAAGUACUGGAACACUACGGGGACUUUUCGAGCGGUUUCACAAACGAAUACGCAACGAAGAAUCGCGAAAUUGUUCUGGAAGCACUUUCGGACAGUGGCACUGUAGCACCGUUGGUAAUGACUGCCAAUUUGCAUUCAAAAGCAAAUCCAAAAAGCUACAUGUACGUCUUUUCGCAUCCAAAAGCCAUGCAGGACUAUUCUGGCCAACAGCGUCAACGCACUGUACAUGGAGAAGAGUUGGCUUAUGUACUGGGUGUCCCACUCGACGGUGGGAAAUAUCACUUGCGCGGCAGAUACAACAUUGGCGAGACCUUAUUCGCCGAAGCUAUGAUGAUGUGGUGGUGUAACUUUGCACAUACCGGAAAUCCCAACGCGCCUAGAAGGUCUACGUAUCUGACGGAUGGACCAAAGGAGUGGCUGCAGUAUGAGAUUGAUUGGCCCGAAUACGAUCCUGAGAAUCAGACCUACUUUAAUCUGACAAUUCCUCCAGAGGUUGGUGUACGCUAUCGAGCCAACGAGAUGCUAUUUUGGAACGAGUAUUUACCCAACUUGAUAAGGCAUCCUAAUCUUGACAUCCCGGCACCAGGUACCAGAGCGGGACCACGACCCGAGAUUCUAGACAUUGCUGACGGAGUUGGGAAAUACGCGAAUGGAAUGUUUAACGUGAAUUCAGAAACUAAUACGUUAAAGCACAGUACGGGAAAGUCAAGUGUACCGGACGGUCAAAGGAUUGACGUCGAUGCGGACGGGAAGGAUUCACCGGGAUAUCCUUUGUCGAAUUCUCCCAGCAACGAGGCUGAAGAUGACGUCCGAGCAACGACACCGGAGCCAAGUGGACUUAAGAGUACCUCAGCCAUAUCAAUGGUCAUCGGUUUUGGAUUGGCGUUUCUGCUGAUAAAUCUGACAGUUUUCUUCUAUCUGUAUCGUAAGCGUCAUGCCUUGAAGAGCAAAGAAAAAAAUCUUAAGAGACGUUUGAGCCAGAAGGACGACGGCUCGAAGCGUGCGAAAUUGGAGAAGCUCGCUGAGAACGCAGAAUUGGGGUACAGGAGCGACAGUAAACCGGAUUUGACCGAAUUGAUAAAGAACGAUAAGGCGUACGAUAACAAUUCGAAUUUUGGUAGAAGGUCCAAACUCUCCAGGCAGAAUUCAGGAUCCACCAUCGACACUCACAUCAAAGUCCGCGAAUGGAUACAGCAGGAAAUAGUUCACAGGUGUUCACCGCGCUUUCUACGAAAGACCCGCGAGACACUGCAGAAGGAGCAUCAGGAGAAGCUGACGAAACAGCAGGAAAAGGAGGAGAGAUUGAACGAGUUGGAAAAAUUGAAAGACAAAAAGGACGAGCCAAUCUACGACGAGAGUCCAGCCCUUAUCGUGCGUCCUGGAAAGAAAUCAAAAUUGCCCAAAGUUUCGGUAGCCAUAGACGCUACACCGGCUACUAGAACCGAAUCGAUACUCAAUCAAAUACCAAUCGAGCUGGUAAAGGACGGGGAAUUAUCAGACGUGGGAUUGGAUGCUGUCGAUGCGGAGACAAUUGGACCAAACGGGACCCUGAUCACGCCUCAAGUCAUUGUAAUAGAGCAUCACCAUUCAAAAAGUGACCCGUUACCAAUGGAGAACGUAUUGAAAAACGUGAAGCCACAUUUUUCAAGUCCAAAGAUCUACGAAUCAGAUUCCGGAAGUGCGAGUAGCCUCUACGCCAAGAUAAAUCCCAAGAUGAAGUCUCGUUUGCCGCGCAUGGGACCCAUCGGCAGCGCUGAUGAAGUCUCGAACGAAGCUAAAACCGGAAAUGACAGUCUCUACGACCAAGUCCCACCCGAGGAUCCUUAUGGGAAGACCGUACCCAAGCUAACUACCUUUGGUAGCAAGGUACCGAGCUGUGACAUAAACGUCACCUGCAGGGAACCUACUGCCGAGAGGGAGAGCGUAAGCCCUGAAGAAGCUCUGAAGACCAUAAAGCGCCGGAAGUAUCCAAAAGUUCUGCCGGACAUCGAGAAGAGACGGUCUCUGCCAGUACCUAAUAGUUUAUUUAUUCCCAAGCAGCAUGGAAACUCUUUGAAGGACUAUAAGAACAACUCGCAGCCGACUUCGCCAUCUGGACAUCCACCUCUGCCACCACCGAGGAUCUUUGGUACAACCAAAAGUCUCGAUCUUGCUGAAGAGUCUGAGGUUCAGAAUGAGAAUGAGCCUAUUACCACGAAUCUUCACGUAGGUCCAUUGUUGAAGAGGGAAAAUUCAACCAGGAAUAAUUCAGAUCCAAGUAUAAUUGAGAACUUUGAAUCUCCCGCCAAUACCACUGGCUCUUACAGUACUCCAUCCAUAGACCGAUACAGACUGAUUGAUAGUCCCGAUGGAGCUUACUCAAGUUCAAAAUGUUCUAUUCGUAGGCCGUAUCUGUUCCCACAUAACGUUGUGGCGUCUGACACGAGUUUGAAUCGAUCCGACAUUGUAGGAAGUUCCGUCACCAAUUCCAACUGGUACAAAUCGAAAGACAUGAUAUCUUCGACUGAUCAAACCUCAAUUCCUUUAGGUAUUGAUACCGGCAUUGGUAAUCCUAACUGGUACAGGCAAAUUACAGAGGGUAGUAAUGAGAAUGAGAAUUUCCAGUCGCCUGCGGCUCGUUCAAUGCCUGCCAUAACGGAGCCUCAAAUUAUGAUGAGUUCCAGAGAUUCAAGUAUAGACAAAGUUCAUCCUAAUUAUGGAGGCUCCCAAAAUUGGGACGGUAAAGGAUCGGCCGAGCCAAAAAUCGUUAUCACGCCGAGAGUGGGAAAUCUUUUGGGACAGUCCGGACAAAAUUUGAGUCAGAUGGUCACGAAUCUUACUGCACGCAGAAAUAUUGAUCAAGAACCAAAAAUAGUUAUUACACCCAAACACGAAGUGUUGGACAGUGCGAAGAUAAUUACACCAGAGCCAAAAAUAGUGAUAACGCCAAGAGUCGAACCGGGUUUUAAUUUAUCAAGCGUUCAGACACCAUUGAGUCACGUCGAUGAUGUCUGCACGAUAGCAAAGCAGGAGCGCAAAGAGCCCAAAAUAAUAAUAACACCGAAAGAUCCAAAAACUGGAUCUUCGUCAAAUUUGAAACAACCUAAGAUAAUAAUAAAGCCAACGACCAAUCCUUCCAAGUCUAGGGACAACAAGAAUAUUCCAAAAGUGUCGGCCAUCCCGCCGCCAGAGUGUCAGAAUUUUCAAAAUAAAGAAAAGGACCAAGUGCUCGAGAGAGAUUUUCCAUAUACAGAAAAACCUCCACUUAAAGAAAAACCAAAGGUUACUAGAAUUCCGUCAUUUUCAAAGAGGAAAGACGAAUCUCAAGUCAAAGCUGAAAAAUCAUCCAGUCCUGUAUACGCAGAAAAAACGGAAAUUAUUCAGAUAAUAAACGCGAUACCAACCGAUAAGGCGAUCAACGUACCAUUGAUUCCAACUUUGGAAAAUAAGUCAGGUAUACCAACGUUAUUGAAAAAAGAUAGUGAAAAAUCAUCAAGCACCGAUUCCUCGGCCAGUACAACAAAUUCCAGUAACUCAAAUACAGGAACAAUAAAGAGGAAGCCGACCAAUAAGAAAUAAUUAUCAAGUAAAAUAUUUAUCAGCGGACUAUUAACAAAUACAAACUCAAAAUUAAUUUAUACAUUUGUAUCUUUCAUCUAUAUUAAUCAAGCCUGAAAAUUUUUUUUCCUAUUUCAUACGUAAUCAUUAAAUAGGCUUUUUACUUGAUCUGUAAUAACACGUAAAGCAGUUAGUUACAUUUUAACGAAAAUUUUUAUUAUUUUUGGAAUUAUUAAAAAAAAAACUAUUCCAAAACCAAUCCAAAAAAUAGACACGCUUUACUUUAGUUUCGGAUGCUAGUCGUAGCUUUUGGAUGUCAAUUAUCGUUAUAGAAUCUUUAUGUCCUAUUAAGUCCAGCAUGUACGUAUAUAUAUUUAUUUUUCAGUAUA